CUCGCCUCAGUGAGGCCUGAGAUUCUUUUGAACAGGAGCUCUGCUUCCCAUGAGGCAGGGUGAAGUACCAGCUGGGAUAUUUCUGGUAAAUCUGAAAGCAGAAAAAGUAAGGUGCACACUUCAGGAAGUACCAGCCCCUGUGGGACUGUUGGGGCCUUGGGGAGCCUUGGGGAGAUUUGGGUGCCCUCCCCUAGUGACAGAUGGAUGGACCUUUCCUCUGAAAGAAAGGAGGACACACGUUGGCAAAUCAACUUCAAACCAAGAUUGCUUGCGAAGACAUCAUAAAGGGGAACACGCCCACAAAAGCUAGAAGGAAAGAUCGAAAAGGCAAGAAGGGCGGGAAUCAAGACAGACGUGUCACUUCAAGCAACUACUCACCAGAACCGGGAGCAAAAUGUCCCUGAAGUUGCCAAGAAACUGGGAUUUCAACCUGAAAGUAGAGGCUGGAAAAAUAGGGACUCCGGACAGGAACCAGAGGGAAUGGGAACAGCCAGUGGAAACUCAGUCUUCUCCUGACCUAGUCUUCCCGGCCCAGGCCAGUAGGAGGGCGACAACAGUUGGGAAAUUCCUAGAAUUGCUUCUUGUGGCUGAACUGCACGUCCUGGCCAGCCACAGGUCCGCAUCCCGUCCGUUGACGGGUAAGCUGAAGCUAACUGUGGCCACCAGAGGGCAGCACGCCCAGCCAGGACAGGGAUGGAUCUGCAGGCGCAACCAGAACCCCGCAGCGGCCGCUGCUCGGUCCAGGAGCGUGAUGACCGGCGAGCAGAUGGCUGCUCUCCACCAACCAUCUGCCCCCAACCCGCUGGAGAGGCCCAUCAAGAUGGGCUGGCUGAAAAAGCAGAGGUCCAUCGUGAAGAACUGGCAGCAGAGAUACUUUGUGCUGAGGGCGCAGCAGCUCUACUACUACAAGGACGAAGAGGACGUGAAGCCCCAGGGUUGCAUGUAUUUACCAGGAAGUACAAUCAAGGAGAUCGCCACGAACCCAGAAGAAGCGGGGAAGUUUGUCUUUGAAGUCAUUCCAGCCUCAUGGGACCAGAGUCGCACUGGACAGGACUCCUAUGUCCUCAUGGCCAGCUCUCAGGCGGAGAUGGAGGAGUGGGUUAAAUUCCUUAGGAGAGUCGCUGGCACGCCCUCCGGAGCUGUGUUUGGCCAGCGUUUGGAUGAGACUGUGGCCUAUGAGCAGAAGUUUGGCCCCCACCUGGUGCCCAUCCUGGUGGAGAAGUGUGCAGAGUUCAUCCUCCACCACGGCCUGAAUGAAGAGGGCAUCUUCCGACUGCCUGGGCAGGACAACCUGGUGAAGCAGCUCAGAGAUGCUUUUGAUGCCGGGGAGCGGCCCUCCUUUGAUAGAGAUACAGAUGUACACACAGUGGCCUCCCUGUUAAAGCUCUACCUCCGAGACCUCCCAGAGCCAGCGGUUCCCUGGAGCCAGUAUGAGGGGUUCCUGCUGUGCGGGCAGCUCAUGAAUGCAGAUGAGGCGAAGGCUCAGCAGGAGCUGGUGAAGCAGCUCUCCAUCCUUCCAAGAGACAACUAUAACCUCCUGAGCUACGUAUGCAGGUUCCUGCAUGAAAUCCAGUUGAACUGUGGUGUUAACAAGAUGAGCGUGGAUAACUUGGCUACUGUGAUUGGUGUGAAUCUCAUCAGGUCAAAGGUUGAAGACCCUGCUGUGAUCAUGAGAGGGACUCCUCAAAUCCAAAGAGUGAUGACCAUGAUGAUCAGAGACCAUGAAGUUCUCUUCCCCAAGUCCAAGGAUACACCCUUGUCACCCCCUGCUCAGAAAAAUGACCCAAAGAAAGCUCCAGUGGCUCGAAGCUCUGUGGGCUGGGAUGCCACUGAAGACCCCCCAAUGUCCAGGACAGACAGCUUUAGUAACAUGACCAGCGACUCGGACACAGGCAGCCCCACUGGACAACAGCCGAGUGAUGGGUAUCUGGAAGACAGCAGUAGGGCCCUGAGGGAAAAGCCAGGAGACUGGAAGCUGCAGUCAAGAAAACGGACUCAGACGCUCCCUAAUCGGAAAUGCUUCUUGACAUCAGCGUUUCAGGGCGUCAACAGCAACAAAGUGGAGAUCUUUAAGAAUGAGUUCUGGUCGCCCUCUUCAGAGGUAAAGGCAGGGGAAGGGCACCGGAGAACGAUGUCUCAAGGUGUGCCUCACUUUUCUGACUCCCAGCGGACUUCCACGUAUGAUAACGUCCCUGCCUCGCCCGGGGCCUCUGGGGACGGGGCAGCUGCGGUCUCGUCCCAUGCUUGUGACUCCAAGAGAGAAACUCUUGCCAGCCCAAACUUUGAAACUGGGCCUGGAAAAAAGAACUCUGGAGAAGAGGAACUUGAAUCCUUGCAGAGGGUGGUUGAGGAGCUGCAAAAGGAAAUAGAAACACAGAAGCAAACAUAUGAAGAGCAGAUCAAAAACCUUGAGAAGGAAAAUUAUGAUGUCUGGGCCAAGGUGGUAAGGCUCAAUGAAGAACUGGAGAAAGAGAAGAAGAAAUCUGCAGCCUUGGAAAUCAGCCUCCGCAAUGUGGAACGUUCCCGGGAGGAUGUUGAGAGGAGGAACAAGGCCCUGGAAGAAGAAGUCAAGAAAUUUGUCAGAUCAAUGGAAGAGCCCAAGGCUCAUGCUUGAGGGUCCCAGGCAACCACAGAAACAGCCCACAGAGGCCCACCUGACACGCUACCUGCUGACUGAAAAGCAAAAUUACUCCCUGUGAGGAAAGAGAAGACAUUUUGGGGGCAAACAUCACAUUUCCCAGUAAAAUAAAUCAAUGGAAUUUGCAGGAAGAUGAGGGUGAACAGGGACAUGUGGGACGUGGAUAGCCCUCUGUGGCUGUAUUCAAAAGGAUUGCAACAUUCUACCGUGGUCUCAGGCUGAGGGAAAUGGAACCUUCUGUGGCCGGAUGACUAUGCCCAGUGGAGACAUUUGAGGCAGGCCACAUCCCAAGGACCUAGACAAUACGCUGGUCACAACUGAAGGUGGACUGAGGCAUUAGUUCUUCUUUUUUUUUUUUAUUGUGGAACAAUUCAUCUAGUUAUAUGGCCUCAUGGUGUCCCUGAGACACAGGGGCAGAAAUGAUACUUAGCUUUCUGGUGUUCACCUAUGGUGAGCUGUGUUUUGGGGGUCUGCACCUGCUGACCAGAGCCCCAUUCUGCCACUCCCUCCAUGAUGCACACUUUCCAGGGGUUGGAAACUCAAAAUUAUUAUUAGACUAAGACAAAACAAGCAAUAAACUUGUAUUUAUGAGA